AUGUCGGCAGCACCCCCUACUACUGGAGGAGGCUUCUCCCUUUUUCCUAACACCAGUGUUGCCCCGAGACCGCCCUCCAGGAACCAGAUAGCAAGGCCUCAGCGAGACCAGACGCCUCAGGGGCGGCCGUCCAUCUCUGCCGAGGCGACUCCGCCUCGCGUCGGGAGACAGCCAUCAGUGCGGAGGCAGACUUCGGUGAGAGAAGGCAAGCAGAAGCAGCCAUCAAACAACCCAUGGCAAGCCGCUUUAGAUGCCCAAAAGCAACAGCAACAACAGCAGCAGUCAGAAGAAACCCCCGAACAGGAGCUAGAAACCCAGCAACAGCAGCAAUUUCAACCCCCACCACAGCAAUAUUUUCAACCUCCGCCACAGCAGCAGCAGCAGCGACCAUCGGUUGUCACAGCUGCCUUGAGCCCCGCGGCCGAAGCAGCGACAAGAACAUUGUCACCCGCAACCGUCACCGAUGUUCCGCCACGGUGCGAGACGGCCUUCUCCGAGGCCCGGACGCUCGUCCGCAGUCCCAGCACGCGGUCCAGGAGCUCCAUCGCCAAACCACCAAUAGCCUACGUCCCUGGUGGCGGCAGCAGUAGUUCGGCAGCAGGCCCGUCGACGGAACCGCCUCCCAUCCGGUCGAUUUUCCCCCAGUAUAACCCAGAAAUCCCCCUGGAUCGGCAGGACUACUACCCAACCCAGGCCAGCCCUGUGCAUAUCCCACAGGCCGCCAUUAGCCGGCCGCUAUAUUCGCCCAGAGGCGAAGAGCCGCGGAGCCCGCCGGCCGCGCGGAGUCCCCCCGCAAUCAGCCCGGCGCCGACCGCAACCGCCGGCGGGAGCAGGUGGCCAGCCGGCGCUCACGCUCAGGAACCCCACGUCAUCCCGCCCGUGAGCACGACCGGGGAGCUGAGAGCCCUCUGGAAGGUGACCAACGGGUGGAAGGCCUCGGCGCUCGAAGGCCGGCUCUUCUGCCUUAAGAUGACCGCCGAGCGGGAUGCUCCCAUCUACACGCUCUCGUCGGCGUCGUCGCAACCAUUCUACAACCUCCGACUAGAUCCCACCUCCGCGUCGGCGCUGGUGUCCCUGUCCCGGUACGACCCCAGCAAGCCCUACAAGGGCCUGCUGGCGAGCUCGCCGUCCAUCUCGGGCACGCCGUCGCCGCGCGCGUCGUCGUCGAGCAAGUCCGAGUCCAAGCAUGACGCCAAGUACUGGCACGAGGUGCUCGGCACGACGCUGGAGGAGAAGGCGCGCAAGCAGCCGCCCAACGACGGGCUCGUGGCGCAGCUGUGGCCGUCGGCGGCCGCGAGGCUGGCCAUGGACCGCGCCAACGACGCCACCACGGUGGCGCUGGCCGAGCACGAGUGCGCCCGCCUGGUGUGGGACGCCGACUCGGGCUACCACUACCUGGUCCACCCGGCGCUGGCCAUGCCGUUCUGCGUCACCGUCGAGCGCAACCCGGCCUUCAGCCGCACCGAGUACACGCUCGAGCACCUCGAGUCGCCGCAGCACCUGGGCCGGCUGACGCGCGACGGCACCGGCGCCGGCUGGCUCGAGGUCGACACGUCCAUCGCGUCCAAGAUCGACGCCGUGUACCUGGUCGACGUGGUGGUUGCGGCGCUGGUGCUCGUGGCGCACUCGGACGACCUGUGGACGCACGUCGAGGUGUUUGAACCGCCGCCCGUGUUCGGCGGGCCUGAGGGCAGCCUGACGUCCAAGUUCGACCGCCGCAGCAGCAAGGGCAGCCGCACGAGCCGCCGCAUGAGUAGCCGGCUGAGUCGCGCCAGCCAGCGCGACAGCCGGCGGGAGGAGCGGCUGCGCCGCAAGGAGACGACCACCAAGAAGCCGGCCAAGACCCGCAUGGAGCAGUUCGAGGUCGACAUUGAGAGCCAGAUCAGCGAGCUCGGCAAGAAGGACCGGCAAAAGGAGAAGGAGAAGACGCCCGGUCUCGCCCGCGGCAUCUUCACGCUUCUAUCCAUCAUCUUUAAGUGCAUCAUCUGGAUCGUCACAAUGGCCUUCAAGGCGCUGAAGGCCGUGCUGAGGUGCGCAAAGUCGGAGAAGUUAUGA